ACCUUCGUGUGAUGUCUGCUCUACUAAUACCCAUUAUUUUAGGGACAAUCUCUGUGAUUACUUCAAGUCACGAUAUUAGAUUGCUGUUUCAGUUUUGAUGAUGAUUGUGUUACUUGUUGUCAUAUUUAUUGUGCAAGGCGCCAGCCUACAAAUUGUAUGAUCUUGGUGGUCCCAGUAAACUGCCCUUGAUUAUCCAGAUGUCCACCACACAUACCUAUUGAACAGUGGGCAUUGAUGGUGAUGCUGUAGAUCUGCAUCAUGGGUGACAAUCAGCAGCUUCUAAACCUGCUGUCCCUACCCAAUGUGCUGCUGGACCCUUCAAAGCAGCAGCAGGCUGUCACUCAGCUAUGUCAACUUAUGAACACGGACAGUGAUGAGCCUCGGAUCGUCCAGCCCAGCAUCAAGCUGCUCUCCUCACACCAGCCGCUGACGCGGAUUGUGGUGAUGACUCUGGUGCAGAGACACGUGGGCCGUAACCCAGACAUCAUGCCCCAGGCGACCAACGCUCUGCUCAAGUGUGCCGUCGACCCGAACCCGGCCGUGCGACGGGCCGCCGUCAGCACCCUGGCCCGUAUGCCGGACUCUGGCGACAUCACGCAGCCGGUGAUAGCGGCGGCUCUGCGUGACCCGCACCCCUCCGUACAGAGAGCCGCCGCAGUGGCGUGCAGGGUGUUCCCUAGGACCACUCAGAACUGUCAUAUCGACCACAUAGACGAGCUGUACCGUCUGAUCCGGUCCGAUGACGCCCUGCUGGUGCACGCCUGUCUGAUGACGCUCGACGUCAUCCUGACGGCCGAGGGUGGGGUCGUCAUCAACCGCGCCAUGGUGCGACACCUUAGCUCGCGGAGCCGCUCUCUUCCGGAUGCAGUUCUGGUGGACGUCCUCCGCCUGCUCUGUCGCUACCAGCCGGCCUCGGACGAGGAGCGACUGGCCGUGAUGAACCGGCUGGACUGGGUCCUGGCCUCGCCGCGGCCGCAUCUUAUCGAGGCGGCGCUGGAGCUGUUUUUCCACCUCUGUUCGGGCGACCUGUCCCACCUUCGUGCGGACGCCGUGAGUCGCGCCGCUGGGGCGCUCUGCUCGCCGGGGAACUCCCCCAGAGAGUGGCGCUGGGCGGUGCUGCAGCUCGUGAGGAGUCUGGGCACGGAGCAUCAUGCUGCGUUUGCGCCGCAUUACAGGUACUUCAUACCCCGUCCGUCGGACGGCGCGACGCUCUCCGUUCAGAUGAUACAAUUCCUCUGGCGUCUGACUGUCCCGUCUGCCGCCUCCGCCACCACCGCUACUGCCGCUGCUGGCUCGGCUGGCUUGGCUUCUACUGCCUCCCCUGUCUCCAGCGCUUCUCCAGUAACCAGCGCCGCUGCGCCCGCCGCUACCGUGGCUCCUGCCGUGGUGCGUGAGCUCACCACCUGCCUGACGUCGCCGCCGCUACGGGAGUCCGCCGCCCAGUCGCUGCUCCGAGUGGCAGCUCACAGACCAGAGCUGGCAGCGGCCGUGGUGGAACCGCUGUGUAGACUAGUGAAAGACGAUGGUGGGGGAAACACAAGUGGAAACACUGGUAGAAAUGGUAUUGGAGGUGGAGACACUGUUGGAAACGGUCUUGGAAAUAGUAGUGUGUACGGAAAUGGAAACAGCGAUGGAAUCCGUGAUGGAUUUAGAAGUGGGGUAGGAGAUGGAGCCUCAGACCUCCCCAGCUCUACCCAGAGCGGGGCGGCAGUGGUGGCCGGCGCCCUAAACACCCCUGACCUGGCGUCGCUACCGGCCGCCGCCCGUCGCCGACUUCUUUCAACACUGCUCUCUGCAGAUUUAGAGUCACUGCCGGCCCAUGCGCUAUGUCGACUUCUGGAGGCGCUCGGACGGUGGGGUGGAGCACUGCCGACAGUCGCGGCGCGGCUGCGACAGCUGGCGCACUGCGGCGAGAGUGGCGAGGUUGGGAGAAUAAGUGACAAUCAUGUCGCACUUGACUGUGGGGUUGAUGGCUUGGGUAGCAUCUCUCCUCCUAGUUGCAUAACGAAAAACUGCACGGCUCUGCGAGCUCCCUCCGUGCGUCUAGCCCUUCUGGAAACCGUGGCUCGUUUAUUCAUAUAUCGCCCUGCCGAGCUUCAACUCACGCUCGGUGUUUUGAUGGAGCGGGCUAUUUCAGAAGGGGGAGAGCUGGCUUCUACCGCGGCGCGACUAUACGCAGCUCUGCAAGUGACCGAGGGAAGAGAACUGAUGGAUGGAGAGAGGGAGGAGGAGAGAGAGGAGGGAGGAGAGAGGACGCCCAGUGUGUCGGUGACACCCACCUGAGUUUGUGAGUUUGGUGGGACAGUGAGUUUGGCGAGUUAGUGAGUUGUUUAUGAGCUCGCGUGGUGACAAAUGUCGAGAGACGAUGGCUUGUUAUUGGGUCGAAUUGAACAAUGAUUUCGUUAUUCCAGUGUUCCUUUUUUGCGUGACUGCUUGUUUAUUGAUGUUUUUCAAUUAUGUUUUUACCGAGCGGGUAUUAUGUUAUGUUAUUAUGAGUGUGAUGCGACUCUACCGGCUGGCGUCAAUUUAUUAAUCACUUGAGGCAUCAAUUAUGAUCUUCGAAAUGUGCUUAUUUUUCUGCGUCAUGUUCAAUCUACGUACAUGUGUACAUUUCAUUAUCAUUUGCGUCGCUGCCAAGUGUCACUAUGGUUUGUGUGUAAGAUGGAGUAAUCACGGAAAGCUUCAAAUGAACCGUAAUUACAAUUUCUAUAUUUU